AUGGCGCUCACCCGCUGCCUCCCCAUCCUCCUCCUAGUCGCCAUGACGGCGACCGCCGGUGCCUCUGAGGACCGAGCCGACUUCUACGUGAGCAAGUGCUACCCGCCACCGACGCCCACCGCGGACAACGGCGGCGCGUUCCGCGGGAACCUCCUCUACCUCCUCGACGCCCUCCCUACAGUCGCCGGGCCGACGGGCUUCGCCUCCCUCUCCCUGCAGACCGCCGGCAGUGCCGUCACCGACCGCGCGUUGGUUCGCGGCCUCUGCUUCGGCGGCUCCGCGCCCAAGCCGUGCCGCCGCUGCCUGUCCAACGCCGGCAAGAAGAUCACCGAGCAAUGCGGCGACGCCAGCCGGCGCGCCGGCUUCUGGGACGAGCGUUGCUUCUUGGGCUACGCCGAAGGCGCCAACUACUCCUCUGCCGGUGCGGACGACGACUUCGGCGCCGUGGUCUUCUCCGGCGACACUGUCCCGAGCCCCGAUAUCGUCAGCGUGCGGAGGCUCGAGGCGCUGGCGCAGUCCCUGGCCCCGCGGGCCGCGAAGGGUUCGGUGGCCACCGCCGACGCGACCACUCCGGCGAGCAAAGGCGUCAUUACAGCUGGAAACCGCACGGUGCGUGUGCUGGCGCUGUGCGCGAGGGACCGCGCCGCGGCGGACUGCGCCAGUUGCCUGCGGGAUGCAUCGCUAGUGGUGGCAAAGAGCUGGGAGGUGGACGGCGGCGCUCAUGGACGUGUGGCCGCGGUCCUCGGCUCGAACUGCUACUUGCGGUUCGAGAUAUCGACUCCAUUGCUGCUCAUCAUCAGAAGGAUGAUAAACGAUAACCCGGUUCUUUCCGCGUCCGUUGCCUUUCUGAUCGUCUUGGUCAUCGGCGCGGUGAUCAUUGAUGGCUUCGCUCGGAGGACGAUAAAGGCCAGGAACAACAAUAGGAAUGCUGCAGCAGCAACGCCAGCUCUGGGCAUGUCUGGCAUAAAGACGAUGAAAUAA